AUGAAUAACGCAUCUUCAUCUAAAUCUGUAACCCUCGCUGAUCAAGAUCUUCAAAGAGACAUUGAUAAUGCUGUUCAACUUGAACGUAAUAGCCAAAUGAUUGUUGCUGAAAGAAAUGAGGUUCGACCUAAAAAUACCAGCAGAUCUUACUAUAGUAGACAAGAGGAGUGGAAGACUUGGUGCAUUGAUCAAAAGUUUACUGAUGGUGUUACAGUAAACGAUCGUAAACUCAGUCUUUUCUUGAGAGAGUUCAUUGUUCCAAGAGGUCGUAAAACCGAAAGAAAUACCGAUGGAAGUGCCAUUCCUUUAGGUAGAGAGUCUAUCAACAGCUACGUCAAGGCUUGUAUGGAUUUGCAAUCACAACAAUUAGCUCUUAACAAUGAGACGAGAGCCGUAAACAGAGGUCCUUUAGUAGUUGCUUUCAUGGAA